GCGCGCCGGCCGGGCCGCACCGCUGCGGGCUCCGCGCGCGCGGGCCAUGUCCGCCUUCUGCCUGGGCUUGGCCGGCCGCGCUUCAGCACCCGCCGAGCCGGACAGCGCCUGCUGCAUGGAGCUGCCAGCCGCGGCCGCGGACGCAGUCGGGAGUCCCGCCGCCGCCGCCCUUGUCUCCUUCCCCGGGAGUCCCGGGGAACUGGAACUGGCGUUAGAGGAGGAGCUAGCGCUGCUGGCGGCCGGGGAACGGCCGUCCGACCCCGGGGAGCAUCCUUCGACAGAGCCCGGGUCUCCGGCCGAGGGGACCGGACUGCAACCGCCGCCCGCCCAGGACCGGGAGCUGCUGUCGGUGAUCCGGCAGAAGGAGAAGGAUCUGGUGUUGGCGGCCCGGCUGGGCAAGGCGCUGCUCGAGAGGAACCAGGACAUGAGCCGGCAGUACGAACAGAUGCACAAGGAGCUGACAGACAAACUGGAGCACCUAGAACAAGAGAAACACGAACUAAGAAGACGAUUUGAGAAUCGAGAAGGAGAGUGGGAAGGACGCGUGUCAGAGCUGGAGAGUGAUGUGAAACAGCUUCAGGAUGAGCUGGAGAAGCAACAAGUUCAUCUACGAGAGGCAGAUCGAGAAAAAACGCGGGCUGUCCAAGAAUUAUCAGAACAAAACCAAAGGUUAUUGGAUCAGCUCAGCAGGGCCUCAGAAGUUGAGAGGCAACUCUCCAUGCAAGUGCACGCCCUCCGAGAAGACUUCCGGGAGAAAAACUCGUCCACCAACCAGCACAUCAUCCGCCUGGAGAGCCUGCAGGCUGAGCAGGUUCUUGAAAUCAAGAUGCUGUCGGAUCGGAAACGGGAGCUGGAGCUCCGUCUCAGCGCCACCUUAGAGGAGAAUGACCUGCUCCAAGGGACCGUGGAGGAGCUACAGGACCGGGUGCUGAUCCUGGAGAGACAGGGCCAUGACAAAGACCUACAGCUGCACCAAAGCCAACUGGAGCUCCAGGAGGUGCGGCUCUCCUACCGACAACUACAGGUGAAGGUGGAAGAGCUCACUGAGGAGAGGAGUCUGCAGAGCUGCGCUGCCACCAGCACGUCCCUCCUGUCGGAGAUUGAGCAGAGCAUGGAGGCCGAGGAGCUGGAGCAAGAGAGAGAGCAGCUGAGAUUGCAGCUCUGGGAAGCCUACUGCCAGGUUCGCUAUCUCUGCUCACACCUUCGAGGAAACGACAGUGCUGACUCGGCCGUCUCCACGGAUUCCUCAAUGGACGAGUCUUCAGAAACCUCAUCUGCCAAGGAUGUGCCAGCCGGCAGCUUGCGCACUGCCCUCAACGAGCUCAAGAGACUGAUACAGAGCAUUGUGGAUGGCAUGGAGCCCACGAGCUCCCGGAGAAUUGAUGAUGACUCCUUAGAAGAGCAGAUAAGACAGACCAGUGAGGAUUCGAGAGCCCUAAGGGAACUCAUGGAGGGAGAGAGGGGUAAACUGAGGCAAAGCCUAGAAGAGCUGCAGCGGCUCCACAGUCAGGUGACAUUGCUGAGUGUGGAGAUGACUGCACUGAAGGAGGAGAGAGACCGACUCAGAGUAACAUCUGAGGACAAGGAACCAAAGGAGCAGCUUCAGAAGGCCAUCAGGGACCGGGAUGAGGCCAUUGCAAAGAAGAACGCUGUGGAGCUGGAACUCGCCAAGUGCAAGGUGGACAUGAUGUCUCUGAACAGCCAGCUGCUGGAUGCCAUUCAGCAGAAACUGAACCUCUCGCAGCAGCUGGAGGCUUGGCAGGAUGACAUGCACAGGGUCAUUGACCGGCAGCUGAUGGACACGCACCUGAAGGAACGGAGCCGGCCUGCUGCUGCCCUCUCCAGGGCCCACGGCGCAGGGCGCGGGGACGAGCCCAGCACCGCUGAAGGCAAACGGCUCUUCUCAUUCUUCAGGAGAAUUUAAGUUGGGAGGAGUCCGGCCAGUGAGAAUGGGUGGACUGGAGGCGACUGAAAGGGGGUGCAAGUGAGAACCCAGGGUACAGUGUUUGCAUGCAAGGGCCCCCUAGGCCGAGCCCAGUGGCUGCACUGCCCACCCACAUGGGGGCCCGAGUUGUCCCGGAGGGCCUGCUGGCCUCUGGAGUCGUCCCUCCACACAGGGACAGGCAGGCACCCUGUCCCCACCGCCCAGCCAAGCCCGGCCUGGGCUCCCCAAGGAUCUGCUGUUGAGCAGAGCUCAGGCUGCCUCCAGAGCGGCCCACAACACACCCGCCCCUCGGUGGCUCCCCGUGCCCAACCCCAUGCGCUGCUGCCCUCCUGUUGUGGAAUUUGGGGGACAGGAGAAACGGAGGCCCUUUCUGCAUGCCUCAGGAGGCUGUUGCUGCCCCCAAGUGGCCUGAGCCUUGGGGGCCUAGUCCUGCAGGGCAUCGAGCCCAGGUCUGAGAUCCAUCCCUCCCCAGUCCCUGACCAGGGAGUAAGGGGAGGUGGCCCCUCACCCACAUGCAUGCACCACUGCCAGGAGCGCCUCUGUGGGCAGGAGACCCAGCCCUGAUGGCUGGGGCUGUUCUCAAGUGCUCAGCCACAGUGGGUCUGGCGGCUGGGCUGUCCUGAGCCCGGACGAGGAAGGGCCUGCCCCCUGGGCGCCACGGCUCUCCCUCCUGGCCUCCGCCCAGGCCUUGGCGGGCCUUCCCCUCUGCAGACUUGAGUCAGCCAGCCCUUUCCCCGUUGUGGGGCCAGGGCUGCGAGCGGGGGUCUCAUCCUCCUCGCACAGCACCCCCUGCUUGCCUCACAUAUACAAGUGCUUGGUUCAGCCAAGCAAGUCCAGGCCAGAGAAUGGCCCCAGAGGGGUCAGCGGUCAGCCAGCUCCACCUCAAGGGCAGCGCUGUCACACGGGGUGGAUGCCUGCAGAUUCUGCCCACCAGGCCUGCAGGAUAAGCCCCCCAACCUGCUGCUUCUGUCCUUGAUCCUCAGCAGCCACUCCACCUUCCCUGCUGAGGCCCUGACUCUGAGGCCCCUGGGCUGAGCCAGCCGCAGGCUGCUUCCCAAGGGCCACCCACCCCCCUCAGCUGGGAAAGCACAGCAGGGAUGAGCAGAAAGAAUGUGCCUGUAGAUAUGUACAUACCACAGUGCUGUAAUUUUGUAUGUAGCAAUCAUGUAAAUACACGUAUGGAUUUUAUAAUAUACAUAUUAUAUAUAAAUCUAUAAAGGCAUAUUUUUAGAAAAACAGCGCACCACUGCUUCUUUUGAAAAUAGUCUAAGAAUAAAAUGAAUUUCUACAGACCUUCUCGCCUCAGUCAUUGGGUCCCUGGAGGGGUGGUUUGGUCGGAACACAGCUUACCUUUCAGAAUCGUUCCUGGCUGGCAUGAAGGGGCAGCAGUAGUGAGUCCCCCCACGCACCUGGGAGGUCACCUCAUACACUGGGACCCAACCAGCCGAUUCUGCCAGGAGGGGCCCCCCUCUCCUGGAGGGUGGAGAUGUCCUGUCAGUGACAGCUGUUUUGGGAGCAGUGGCCAAAGGCGCCGCCUUCCAUGCCCACCCGGGCCUGGGCUCCCUGCCAGUGGUGCAGUUGCCCAGCCACAGGCAGGCCCUCGCGGCACUGCUUCCCAAGCCUUGGCAGAAACUUCAAGCCAGAAAGAAACCACUAGAGGCAAAGCUUCCACUGCAUCCUUCCGGGCACGCAGAGAAUAAACACGGCACUUCCCCUGGCAUCUUACCACGUGCGCUCCUGGCCAAUACGUCAGACCGGAGCAGCUCAACCUGGACCGACCCUUCAUGGAGAGAAUGAACUUGGCUUCUAAAAGUGUCCCUGGGACUCAAGAGGCACCUGUGCAGGACUCGGACGAGAACAAACAAGAGCUGGACACAAUGGGGGGAAGAAGGCAGGCCCACCCAGAGCACAGCUGGAGGAGAGGAAACAGACCCUGAAGAAAAUUUGGCAGCUUGAACCUUUAUUUUUAGUCCUUUUUUUAAAAAGCAUAAUUAGAAACUUUCAAUACAGAAAUAAUCCUAGCAAACCAUUUAAAAGUUUUGUUCAAGAGGAAUUUCACAUCAGGUCCACCAGGACGUCGGUCCAUCCCUGUGCGCCCCCCACCCCCACCCCCCAUCCAUGCGUACUAACACAGCGGGACAGGCACACUGUCAUCACCAAAGUUACCCCACCACUGGGUCUGGGUCCAGCUGUCAGAAGCCAUGAUGGUUUCUAGCCUGGGCUGGCAGUGUCCAGGACCCCCCUCCUCUUAUUGUUUGAAUUUGCAAGCACUGCCACACUGGCAUCACCUUAAUGCUCAGAAUAGUGUGCCGUCCACCCUGGGAGCCCCGGGCCCUGCGCAUGUGUGCAGGACCCAUGAUCAACCAGGAUAGUCUGAGGACAGAGACCAUGCUUUUGCCCCUGGCCCCCCAACCAGACAAGGCUGCCUACCAGCUGGCCCUGCAGCCGCCCUCCACAGCAUCGCCCUCCCAGGCCACCUCUUCCAGUGACUCCAAAGUGAGGGCCUGUCACAUGGAACCACGAUGUUUUGGCAGUUUGGGGAUGUGGAGAAACAGGUCAGAAGAGAAACCCCCAGUUCUGAUUGAUUAAAAACCCACCAAGUGUUAAGGUGGAAAAUCUGCAACGUGAUCUGUGAUGUGAUUGUCCACUCAGGGCUUCUUCACCUGGUAAUCGCAUAGGAAAGGAAAUCGAAAAUGCAUCAUGGUGUUGAAAUAAAUUAUCCCAGGUUACAUGAUCCUUUUAGGGGAAAGGUGAAGUGUCCCGCGGCGGGAGGGAAGGGGACAGUAUAAUCAAGUGCAGAUAACCCUGGUUUUUCCUCCACGGGACCAAGGGCGGGUCAAAGCUGGCUGGUUCCCAGCCCCACCUGCUAAGAAAUCCUCAUGCUACCUUUGUCCUAACACAGUCCUGUCAGUGAUCCAAGGCAAGGCUGCCUGCCACCCAGCGCCGCGGCAUCGUCCCCACAGUCCAGCAACCAACAGCACCCACCCCCACAUUCAGAGGUGCCUUGGUGCUGCAUCAGAGACCCAGGAACUCAGUGGGAGGCCCUGGGCUGACACAGACAAGGGCGAGAGGCCCCUUCUUUCCCAAGAAACGUCCAGGAAGGCAGAGCUGCUGCUGUGCCAAGAGCCCGGCCCCACAAUGACAGGAAGCCAUUCACUUUUUCUAAAAACACUGGACUCAAAGCAAGGAGGCUACAACUUUUGCUGCUGUGCCAACCAAACCUCAGGAAGGGGGGGGGGGGAAGUGUGAGGGACUUAAUUAGAUUGAUUUGGCUUCAUUUUAUCUGUUAAAAAUCACACUCCUAAGCCCCAUCCCUACAUAAACACACCCUACCUUUCUGCCGGAAC